AUGGGGUGUGGUGGGUCAAGGCUCGACAACAGAGGUGAUAUGUUGCCAUCCAAACUAAGGCCUCUUCUCUGGAAGAGAUAUGAGGAUAUAAAAAGACAGAAAAAUGGAGGUCUUUUGAAAGAUUCACCCAACCAUUCCAAGAAAGAACUGCUUAAAGAUGGCGUCUUGGAUGGUGAUAACUCUAGCCAACAUCAUUUUCCAAGUGAUAAAGAUCGCAGGAGCAUAUCUUCACACGAGGAUGAUGUAAAGGUGGCACCAGCCCCAGAAAUAGAUGAAACAACAACCGAAAACCUUAAGAUUGCCAAGGCUGUGGAAUCAAACCCAGAAUUCGACAAACAAUGUGAACAAGUAAAGGACAACCCAGAUGAAGCAACAUUGCCUGCAGGGUCUAUAGAUGUGAAAUCAAACGAAAAAAGCACACAAAUUGAGGAGAUAGAAAAACCAGGGGCAGGGUCUCAAGAAUUGGCAUCAGUAGCACCGGAUAAUGAUGAAACAAGCGAAAAACAAGAUAGUAAACACGGAGAAGAUGCAGAGAACAAGACCUUGGAGGCAAUGGCCUCGGCCCUGAAAAAUUUUAAUGAAACAGAAAAAGAUGGAGAUAAGGAUGCACGGAAUUCGGAACAAGAAGAUAAAGAAGAGGGAAGGCUCAGCAAUAUGGAUGAAAGUUACAUAUGUCCAGGAUCGCCAAGUUUCAGAGUAUAUUUUGUUGAAUCAUUGACCACAGAUGAUGAAGCCACUAUAAGUUUCCUCACUGUGAAUGGUGGCCAUAAUGUUGCAGAAAAGGAUGAUGACGCAGACCGAAAAUCAUCAAGCGACCUGUACAGCUGCGAGAUCAUUGAAUCCGUAAAAUCUAAUGUGCUUUCAGGGAGCAUUGAAAAGAAGAAAGGAAAGAAAAGGCAAAGAUUAAGGGUCAUUCGUAAAGGAAAGAAUCUGCUGAAAAAGGUUCACAUGAUGUUGAAGUUCCAAAGCACUGCAGUGCAAUUUGGAUCAGUUUUGCGGAACCUAUUAUCCUCAGUGAAAGGAAUGCAGAUUCUUGGACUUCAACAGAAACCUGAGUGUUCCCUUGAUGAAUUCCAGCAAGUGAUCCAAUUUGAUCGGCUCAGAAGAUCAAGAGAUGGUUCAGCUUCAUCAGUACUAGAAAGACAACCGAAAGAUCAGGUUGCUAGCGCAGCAUGGCUAACUCUGUCUAAUACCAUCCCAGGUGUCUACAAUCCUUCUUCAGGUAUUAAUUCUCAACGUUCUUCCCCACCUACAAACAUUAUCCUUAUGGAUUCAUCAACUAAUAACCCUAUGUUACAGCCUCAGAACACUAUUAUUGAUGAAAAUAUUCAGCUAACUGAUAAGGUGGAGAGAACAUAA